AUGGACCUUCAAAAAUUUAUACGAGAGAGGGGACAAUUACGUCGUAUUUUUAAUAGACACGCAGAGACAGAAUACAAGCUUACAGAAGUCGAUAUAACGUUUUUAGAAGCAAAAAUAAAUGCAAUAAUAAUUUUAGACAAAAAAAUUCAAGAAAUAUUAUUGCAUGACGUCAACUAUGACGAAGAGCAACUAACAAAAGAAUUCGACGAAUGUCAAGAAGUUGAGAAAAAAUGGCUGGAAAUCAAAGUUAGAAAUAGACCAGGCACCAUUAAACAAGAAUGCGUACAAUUACCAUUGCACCUACCGAAGAUGGAUGUAAGAAAAUUUGACGACAAUCCAAAGUCUUGGAUUCCGUUUUGGACGCAAUACGAAAAAAUUCAUACGGACGCAAGACUACGGGAUGAAGAUAAAUUUUCAUAUCUACUUAGUUGUAUGGCGGAUAAUUCUAAAGCAAGAACUUUAGUAGAGAGCUAUCCACCAACAAAGGAUAAUUACGAAAAAAUCAUAGAUAUGUUAAAAAGGCGUUUUGCCAAAGACGAAGUUUUGAUCGAAAUAUAUGUACGCGAGAUUUUGGGGAUAAUUUUGUCAAGAAAUAAUUUAGAAAUUACAGAUAUUUUUGAUAAAGUUUCUGUUAACUUACAAAUUUUAGAGUCAUUAGGCAUUGGUAGAGAUCGAUACGAAUGCAUUCUGCUGCCCUUGAUUGAGUCAGCAUUGCCAGAUGCUAUUUUAGUAGAAUGGGCAAAAAUACCAACGAAAAAAGAGUCAAAACUUCAUCAAUUAAUUUUGUUCUUAGAAAACCAAGUAGAGGCAUAUUCCAGAUGUAAUCUUGCUAAGUCUUUGUUUACAUACAACACUUCAAAAGAUGACAUACCAACAACGUCGUGUUUUGCGACAAAGCAAGACGACAGAUCUAACAAGGAAAAAGAAGGUAAGGUGAUCAUUUGUUUUUUCUGUGAUAAAGGUCAUAACACACUUGAGUGCAGUAAGGCUGACAGAUUGUCGCUCGAUGAGAAGAAAGAGGCAAUCAAGAAAAAAGGUGGGUGUUACAUAUGUUUAAAGAAAGGACAUCUCGCCAAAUAUUGUAAAACGUUUAUAAGAUGUAUGUGUUGUAGUAAGAGGCAUGUAGUUAUCUUGUGUCCAAGGCUCCACACACAGCCGAAGACCGGUGAACAACAAGAAGAACAAAAACGUUGCGUGAACGACGAUGAAGUUAACAAUAACUUUACAAGCAAUAACACAACAACCUUGUUACAGACAUUAGUGGUUAAAAUUUCAACUGGUGGACAAGAGAAGAAAGUAAGAGUACUUCUAGAUUGUGGUUCGCAGAGAACGUACAUAAAAAGGGAGUUGGCAGAAGACCUUGGCCUACAGGUGACAGGUAGCGAAAACCUUCGACAUUCACUAUUCAGCGGUGUAAAGAAACCGGCACAAAUACAUAGAGUAUUCAAGUUCAAGGUAAGUAGUUUAGAUGAGAAGUAUUGUACUACUAUGACUGCUUUAGAACAAGAGGUGCUUUGCGGAAACUUACCCAGAGUACAAGAUCCAUAUCUAAUAAAUAGGUUGAAGAAGUAUCAAAUCAAGUUAACAGAUGUGGAAGAGGAUAUCAGUCAGAUUAGUAUAUUAAUUGGUGCGGAUCAGUUGGGUUCAAUUGUUAAGGAAAACUAUUUCCGUUUAGAUGCAAAUUUGGUAGCAAUACCAACAAAGUUUGGUUGGACAUUACAAGGUCCAGUUCAAG